AUGUGCAGUUUAUGUGAAGAGUAUGAGCGAUUGGGUCACAUGACUGAAGUAAACCUGGAUUCCAUGUUGACUCCAAGAUAUUUCAUUCCUCAUCAUUGUGUACUAAAACCAGAUAGUACAACUACUAAACUUCGAGUGGUGUUUGACGCAUCAGCCAAAACUAUAUCUGGACACUCGUUGAAUGAUUUAAUGUAUAACGGACCGGCAGUUGAAAGUGAUCUUUUUUCAACUCUGCUCCGUUUUAGGCGACCACGGUUUGUUUUCACCACAGAUAUCGAGAAAAUGUAUCGUCAAGUUUUGAUAAAUCCUGAAGAUCGGCGUUAUCAACUUAUCAUUUGGAGAAGCAGUCCAAAUUCUACGAUUCGUUAUUAUCAGCUAAACACAAUUACAUAUGGAACUCGAGCAGCUCCUUACCUAGCAACAAGAUGUCUGUAA